CUGCUGCUGCUGCUGCUGCUGCUCUUGCGACGGGCACUGUCAGCAUCGAGUUUACCACUGCUCUCUUGUCCACGACUAGUGCUGUCGAGUCUACUAUCGCCGCCACCCGCCUCGACGCACGACGCACGCUGCACGACCCCGCCGACGCCUGACCACACGGCCACCACCUCCCCCACGACCACGACCACUCUCGGGACCGACCGAAGAUAACAACGACAUCCACCCGCCCGCACACCACAGCCGUGUCCGACACGGCGCCUUAGUGCAUUCACGACCCGGGAUCACUGCCUAGCGGGAUCCCCAUCAUCCCGGAGCUGCUCCGUCGACGACGACUUGUCCGCUCCUGCUCGCUCCUCAACGAGCCCGACGGUUGUUGUUGACAUUGACAUUGGCCACCUAAGCCUCGGCGCAGACGACCGCCAGUAGCCGUUACGAUAUCGUCCCAAACCCUCACGCGCGCACCCAACGGCGCGUCCCCAACGUCCCCGCCCAGUGGCAAGCCCAGCUGGGUCACCUCGCCGAGGGAGCAGGCGUCCAUCAUGUCCGUGUCUGCCGUGCUCAGCGAGUCACCGUCGCCGCCGCGCCCCAACAGCUCGGGUGCGGCGAGUGCGAGUGCAAGUGCGAGCACGAGCGCUGCGGCGACUAAUCCGCGCACGUCAACUGCUCCCACUAGCCCCAGUGGGAAGGCACGCUCGGAGCGUACGCCGAGCCCAGUUGCCAACAACAACACCGCCAAGCGCCGCAAGACGGCGCGCGCAUGCGACCCGUGUCGAAUGCGCAAACUCAAGAUAGACAAGCGGCGACUCCGCACUCUGGUCGAGCGCGCCGAGACAGACUCCGAUCGGAAAUGGAUCGCAGAGCAGGUCGCCUCCAGAGGUAUCUACACCGCGAGCACCGAUCUAGGCGCGCAGCGCAAAGCGAGGCCGUCAGCCGUCGGUUCGACAGCCGCGCUCCUCGCGCAGCUGCCACUUGACCACACGGCGGCGCAGGUGGCGGGAUCUCCGCCGGCCGCGGCGGUGUCCAAGCCGGCGAGCCGCGUGGCGAGCGCCGCUGCGUCGCCCGAGCGUGAGCGGAAGCGCGCACGCAAGACGAGCCUGCCCGUCUCGGCGCCAAUGAGCAUCAGUAUCGGCUCACUGGUCGGCACGACCGUCGAUGCGCCGGGUAUCCGGCGUGCCAAGUCGGAUGUCGCGCCGUCGACUUCGGCCACCACGACGAACGGGGGCAGCUCGGCGCCCACAUCGCACCGCGGCUCGCUGUCGGGUGCGAGCUCGUCCGCGUCGCGCUCCUUCAGCCUGUGGGACCCGACGCCGACGCCCGCGCUCACCGCGUCCCCAGACGACCCCGACAAGCAGUUCCACCUGCAGACGCCGGGCGCGUCGACGUCGCGCCUGCCCGAGGUCGAGGAGGAGGCCGAGCGCGUGCACCGCAGCGCCAGCAAGCCGCGCGACGCAGAGUGGUACCCCGAGCACUCGCCGGCGCCGUCGCGUUCCUCGACCCCGCCCCCGCUCAAGACUUCGACCGUCGAGCCGUUGCUUAUGGGGCCGACGAGCGCCAUUUCUCUCCUGGGAGAGGGGUUCGAGCCGCACGUCGUCGACGCGCACGACCGGCGGUUCGGCCUUUUCCGCCUGGAAGAAGGGUUUGUGUAUAAUGGAAACUUGCCCGAGACUGUCGACAGCGUAGACGACGGCGUGUCGCGGCGGCAGCUUGAAAUCGAUGUUGUGGACAAGCUGUACGGGUUCUACGUGCGCGAGAUCGCGCCGCUGUUCCCCGUCAUUGCGCCCCACCGCAUCCCGCCACCUGACCGCAUCGCGCCGCCGCUGCUGUUCGCCAUGCUCGGCGUGGCGGCGCUGCAUCGCUCGGUGCCGUUCGAGAUCUACCACGGCGUGCGAAUGCGUUUCCAGGCCGUCAUCGCCGAGUGUGUGUUGGGCGGAAGCACGCUCGGGACACUGCAGACCCUCCUCAUUGCGUCGAUGAGCCACGAGCUCCACGGCCAAACAAACAUGGAGGCUGGGAGCGCAGUGUGGAACCGCUCGGGCUUGGCGAUCCGACAGGCACAGGAUAUCGGCCUCCAGAGGCUCACGCCGCGACACUGGAGACGGGACAUGUAUGCCGACCGCAUGCGGGCGUGGAUAUCUGCUGUUAUCCAGGACAGGUGGUUCGGCCUGUGCUACGGGAAGCCCAUCACCAUCAACCUCGACGACUGCGAGGACCCGUUCGCAGAUGAGGAGCUGCUCGCCACGCCCGACGGGUCGCACCGCUUCCACAAGGAGCUGUACAAGAUGUUUACGCUCGUCGGGCGCGUGUGUGAGACCAUGUUCCGGUACAAUGCCCCGGCGCGCUGGACCGACGAGACGCUGUACGGCCUCCUGGCCGACAUUGACGCGUACGCGGCCAACGUGCCAGAGGAGUACGCGUUCCACGGGCAGGCGACGAGCAUGCAGGGCGGGCUGUUGAACCUCCUGCAAUCAAUGGUCGAGGUGCUCUUCUUCCGGCCGUUCGUCAAGCUCAACCCCAAGAUCCCCGAGCACAUCACGUUCCGGCCGAAAGCGCCGCGCUGGUACGCGACGGUGCAGCGCGCGCGGACGGCACUGGCCUGGAUCGACCUACACGGCGACGUGCUGCUCGACUGCUGGAUGCCGAUCAAGAUAUCAGUUGUGUACUGCGCCCUGAGCCAGUACUACCACUUCCUGGCGGACAGCGACGGGGAGAGCCUGCGGAGCCUCGAGGGCGCAAUGCACCUCAUGCACCGGUGGAGCCACGGGCCGCACGGCAAGGCGCAGCUGCCGUUCCGCACCAAGGUGGCUGAUAUCGUCAAGGUGUUCUGGAAGGCGGCGCGCGAGGCCCAGCGUCGCAGGGGCGGGCGCGGACGCAGCGCAGGCAGCAGCCACCACUCGGACGACGCGAUGCACGCCGGCUACGACGACAGCCUGCUCGCUGGCGCGGCGGACACGCAGCAGCUGCUCCACCCCGACACGCUGCCCGCCGACCUUGAGCUCGAGAGCGAUGGCAGGGACAUGGUGGACGACUGGAUCCAGGAUCUCCUCCGGGGUCAGGACGAGGGCGAGGUGGUGUGA